AUGCGGGUACUGUCACCGCCUCGACCGGCACGUGGCUGUGUUCUUCCCGGAAGCGCGGACUAUUUCGGGGAGAGACGUUCACGGCAAGCUUCCUGGCGCGCUGGUUGCCUCUUCAUUCGAGGCGUUUCUGGAUCAUUGGCGCUUUUCCUGCGAACGCUGCCGUCUCUUAACCGAGCAACAGCACGAGGUCCUGCUGUGGAACCGGGAACAUGGCGUGUCAAACGCUGUUUAACAACGUGCGCUGCUGAUCUGGAAGUGAACGGGACUUCUGGCUCUGCGGAGUCGGUGCCCGGCUCCAACCAGGUAGACAAGUUUCUGCAGCUGCCGGCAGUUGAGCGAGGUCGUCUCUACGUUGUUGCAACGCCAAUUGGCAACCUCGGCGACCUGAGCUUUCGGGCGCUCGCGAUACUUCGUCAGGCGGACUGGAUAGCGGCGGAGGACACCCGGCAUACCGGCAAGCUCCUGAGCCACUAUGGUAUCUCGAUGCGGAAGCAGGUGGCGCACCAUGAGCAUAACUGGCGAGAGCAAGUUCCGUUUCUGCUCAGCGAACUGCAAGAGCGUCGCGCUGCCGUUGCUUUGGUGUGCGAUGCAGGCACGCCCCUGGUUGCUGACCCUGGGACCCAGCUGGUUCGCGAGGCAAUCCAGCGCAAUAUACCGGUAGUGAGUGUUCCGGGUCCUUGCGCAGCUCUGGCGGCACUGACGAUCAGUGGCUUUCUCAGCACGCCGAACAGCGGUCCAGUGAGCGCUGAAGACUGGGCGGCGCUGCUCGGCAACAGUUUUUCUUUCUACGGGUUUUUACCGCAUCGCUCCUCUGGUCAUAGCCGCUGGCGUCAAAAGCGAACGCAGCUGAUGGAGACCAUCAUUCGCGAAGCGUGGUAUCGCCCGGUCAUUCUCUAUGAAGCACCGCAUCGGUUACGCGAAACCGUUCAUGAUCUUGCGUUGGCAGCCCGAAGCGUCCAUGUAACAGCAGCGGAAGCAACAACGGUGCAACCUCCGGACGCAUCACUGCAGAUCUGCAUCGCAAGAGAGUUGACCAAAGUGCACGAGGAGGUUUAUCGGGGCUUACUUCGUGAAGCUGCCGCGUACCUGGAACAGCGAGAGCCGCGAGGCGAAUACUGUCUGGUGCUCGGACCGCCUUCAAGGCCGGAGGACCCGCCCCAUGCUCUGCACUUUUGCACAGAAGACCAGGAUGUGGUGCCCGUUGUCGAAGCGUCCGCAGCGGCUCCGCAUUCCAUCGACGCUCGUAUGGAGCGGGUUCACGUGGUUACCUUCAUAACGGCAUUAUUGCAAGAGGGUCUUCCGGCAUCGGCAGUGGCUCGCUGCGUAGCACGUUCCAUCCCAAACAUUCAACGCAAACAGGCAUAUGCACUAGUAUUACAGAUUCAAGAGCAAUUCGGGAACUGCAUAUCCAAGCAUCGCUCUCCCGGAAAAGAAGAUUCCUCGUGA